AGUUCAUUAAUGGGAUAUUUAUAGUGGAUAUGGCAUAACAAACACUUCUUUUUUGUGUAUCUGUACUCCGACUGCGAAUAUAGUAGUAUUUUGGGCAUAAAUUAUAUGGUUUUCCGCAAAUUUCGUAUUAAAAAGUACAGAAUAUUCCGCCACAAACCACACACAAUGGACAGAAACUUUGUGAACGUUAUGCUCCUGGGCUUAGCAUUUAUGCUUAUAUUUACCGCCUUUCAAACCGGUGGUAUGAUCCAGCAAACAGUUGUAAACAGUAUUCACUCCAGGGAUAACAGCUAUACGGCCAACGGUUACACGAGUUUAUGUAUUAUUUACGCGGUGAUGGCUGUCGCCAAUUGGAUCGCUCCGUCCGUUGUGGUCAUUACGGGUCCGAAGUUGGCGAUGGUUUUUGGCGGCGCAACCUAUUGUCUAUUUAUCGCAAACUUUCUAUUCCCGAAAGUAUGGGUCCUUUACUUCUUGUCAUUUGUUAUAGGAGUCGGAGCGGCGGUGAUAUGGACGGGUCAGGGAAACUAUCUGACCAUUAAUUCUAAUGAAGACACGAUGUCGAGGAAUAGCGGUGUCUUUUGGGCUCUAUUGCAAUGUAGUCUUAUUUGGGGCAAUCUUUUUGUGUCCUUUGUUUUCACGAAAGACACUAUAGACGAGCCGACCAUUCAGUUAACGUAUGGCGUAUUGACGGGCGUAGGAAUCGCCGGAACUAUUCUGUUAUUCUUCUUGAGAGGUGGCAAUCGAGCCAAUAGUGAACUAACUCUUCGGCAAAGUGUCGGCGAAUGUGUCGACGCUUUCGUCGGAGCUUUUCGUCUUCUCACAACUAAAAGGAUGGCUCUCUUGUGUCUCACUUUUUUCUAUUCCGGUUUGGAGUUAAGUUUCUUCAGCGGUGUCUACGGGACAGCCAUUGGAAACACGAAUAGUCUGGACAGUGAGGGUAACGCCAAACGAUUCAUCGGUAUCUCCGGUAUACUAAUCGGUUUGGGAGAGAUCAUCGGCGGCGCGACCUUUGGUCUGUUGAGCUCAAAGACCAACCGUUACGGUCGCGACCCGAUUGUCAUAUUGGGUUACGUCGUCCAUAUGGUCGCCUUCUUUCUCAUAUUUAUAAACCUUCCGAGCGUUGCGUCCCUUCAGAAGACUAACGACCCGUCGUAUAUCACUAGCAAUUUAGGUGUGGCCUUAUUCUGUAGUUUCCUAUUGGGUUUGGGAGACGCCUGUUAUAACACCCAAAUGUACUCCAUAUUGGGUGUCCUGUAUCGGGACAACUCCGCGGCCGCGUUCGCUCUCUUCAAGUUUGUGCAGUCAAUCGCGGGUGCGAUCGCCUUCUUCUACGCGACAACAGCCGACCUUCACGUACAGGUCCUCGUAUUAGCCGUAUUCGCAUCGCUGGGAACCAUCACCUUCUCCACCGUCGAGUGGUCCGCGUCUGUCCAUAGAGAGAGAGAAACACCCGAAGACACGGCACACGAAAGCUGAAGACAUCCACUCUUUAAUUGUUAAAUUAUUAUUAUUUUCUAAACAUCUAUUUUUCGUUUGGUUUAAACUCUUUUUAAACUUUCAGUAUAAAUAUUUUUGGUAUAAAUUAUUCAGAAAAAGUACAUAUUUUUACAUAAAUUUUAUUAAACAUAAAAGAAAUUAAUAAAUCUCUUUAAAAGAGUUUAUUU